AUGAUCUCACACGCUCACUUGGAAACAAUUUUUGAAUUCACUCCAAUGAAGCAUGAGUCAUCCGCUGCAAUACGUCGCUUGAUUAACACCUACACGGAAAACACGAUGGCACUGACAGGACUUGGACUAAAAAUUGAUCAAUGCGAUUUGAUCUGGGUUCACGUUUUGGCCAAGAAAUUAGAUCCUGAAACUAGAAGACAAUGGGAACUUUCCUGCGCGGGAAGUGACGUGCCGAAAAUCAAACAGUUGAAGAAGUUCUUGGAGGAACGAUCUCGCGCCCUAGAAGCUACGAAGGACCUCCAGUUACCUUCAAUUCAUAGAAAAAAUCAUCAAGGAAGUUCAGACCAAUCUGGAAACUCUAAGAAAGAUGACAAGCUCUCGGACCCAGACUUUGAUAAACCAAAGGAAAUCGAUAUAAUCCUAGGCUGUGAUGUCUACAACGACAUUGUUGGCUGCGGAAAGAUUAAGCUUACAGACAAGCUUUAUGCACGUGACACUCUAUUUGGUUGGAUGAUUAGCGGCCGAACUCCCGGUCCUCCAACAACCUUCUUCAAGUCAUUUUAUGUGUCUAUUGACGAUAGUCUAAGGAAAUUUUGGGAAUUAGAAGAAAUUCCUGAUUUCAAAAAGACAACAACAGAAGAAGAUCGAUGUGAAUCUCACUUUAAGGAAACAACCAUACUACAAAAUGGACGAUUCACCGUGCAGCUGCCUUUCAAGCCCAAAAGUCAACUUGGCGACAGUUUAGCACAAGCAAAACUCAGAUUCAAUUAUCUCGAGCGACGACUGGAACAGAAUCCAGAACUAAAAGAUCGCUAUACCGCAUUCAUAGACGAAUUUCUCGAUAUGGGGCAUAUGGAGUACAUACCGCCUGGAGAAAUCGAAAAGCCAGUUGAUAGCGUAUAUUAUCUGCCACAUCACUGCGUUUUCAAGGAAGAUUCUACUACCACAAAGCUACGUGUAGUUUUCGACGGAUCUGCAACAACAUCAACCGGACAAUCACUCAACGACACUUUGAUGGUUGGUCCCACGGUACAAGACGACCUCUACUCAAUAAUCAUGCGCUUCAGGUUCUACCCAAUUGGUUUAUCAGCAGAUAUUGCAAAAAUGUACCGACAAGUUGCUCUAGAGGACAAAUCGAAGGAUUUCCAUCGCAUACUUUGGAGAUCAAAUAAAUCGGAUGAAAUCAAGCAUCUCAAGAUGACACGUGUUACAUAUGGAAUAGCUUCGUCAGCUUUUCACUCAACAAGAUGCCUCAAUGAAGUAGCAGAUUAA